UAUAUAUAUAAUCAGUCUAAGCAAAGAAGAAACAGAUAAAAUAGAAAAAGGUUAAGAGAUUAUCAUAAAAUGGCAAUCACCAUGAAAAGUUUAGUUGCAAUUAUUUUCACUGCCCUCCUCAUCGUAUCUUCUGUUCAUUGUCGUAUGACAACUAUUAGUACUCCAGGUUAUGGAAUAAAGCAGGAGGAUCGUCGAUGCCUCCAAGGACCAGAAGGAACAAAAUUAUGUAGUUCUGGAUCAGUACGCGACUGCCUUAAGUUUUGUGUAAUUCGUGGUUAUUCUAGUGCCACAUGUAUUACUCCUGAUGAAUGUUGUUGUCACAUUCCUCCAAACUAAAAUAAUUUAUUGGUUACAUAACGUACAUCUAUCACGAAAUAAAUAAACUUUCGAAAUUACUUUGA